AGCGAUCCUGGAGGCGGCGGUCUUGCUUCUCUCAUAGUUCCAGCGCAGGGAGCGGGUUGAGAGGUUGGCGGGUUCGGCUGCGCCCCACCUGAAGCCCUUGGCGACUUCGUAUCAGAGGGUUUUUUCUCUCGGACAGAUCUGAAACUCUUCGACCAUGUUUGUUCUUGGACUCCUGUUGCUUCUUGUUUUGCACAGCGAAGCCUUCAGCACCAGUUUUCCUGAUGAAACCAUUGCAGAUUUUUCUGUGAAUGUUUACAAUCAGCUGCGAGCUACAGGAGAAGAUGAAAAUAUUAUUUUCUCCCCGCUGGGAAUAGCAAUAACGAUGGGGAUGGUGGAGCUCGGUGCUCACGGUUCCACACUGAAAGAAAUUCAGCACUCCAUGGGCUAUGAAGAUUUGAAAAAUG